AUGAAAAGUAAAGAUCUCCAAAAUAUUUUACUUUCAAAGUACCAGAAUGGUGAUACUCCAACAAAAAUGUUUCGUGAUUUAAAUGGUGGAAUCGGUUUAAGAACAAUCAAACGAUGGUGCCAAAUGAUCCUUCAAUCGGGCUCUAUCACACUAUCAAGUCCACCAGGUUGUCCACGUUUGGCCAGAGCGAAAGGAAAUAUUCGAAAGAUAAAAAAUCGUUUACGCCGAAACAAAAGAGUAUCAGCUCGAAAGCUGUCAUUGGAGCUCGAUAUUUCCGAAACAAGAGUUCGGCGAAUAUUGAAAAGCGAUUUAGGGCUGCAUCCCUAUAAAAAAUUUGUCGAACCAUUACUUUCUGAUGAUCAAAAGAUCAAACGGAAAAAGUUUGCAAACUGGAUUCGAACAAAUUUUCGAAAAGAAGAAACCAUGAGGAUUCUUUUUUCGGAUGAGAAGUUUUUUGACAUCGAUGGUGUCUAUAACUCUCAAAAUGAUCGAGUGUGGGCAAUUGGUCGUGCUGAUGCCGAUAAAAAUGGUGGCAUCAAGCAAAAACGAAAGUUCCCACAGAAAGUAAUGCAGGAUGGCGCCAAGCCUCACUCGCAUCAUUUGACACAACAAUGGUGUCGAGAUCGUUGGCCUCCAAAUAGCCCUGAUGUGAAUCCUUUGGAUUAUUCAAUUUGGGAUGAACUUGUCAAUACUAUCAAUUGGAACAAAGUUCAAUCAAAAACAACAUUGAUUCAACAAAUAAAAUCAUCAUUUAAAAACAUUCGUGAAUCAGUUGUUUUUGAAAGUUGUGCUAGCUUUACCGAUCGAUUGUAUCGUUUUUGUCAAAACGAUGGAAACUAUUUGCGCUAA